GGCCUCGUUCUGGCCGCCGCCGCCGCUUUCAGGCGGAGUAGGAUGAGGCCCGCGGCUGCAGCUCCGGCGUCGGCGGGGGCAGCAGCAGCUGAGGCAGCAGCUGAGGGAGCCGCGACGGCCGCGCCCCCCCGCUCCUGACCUGGAUUAGGCCCAGCAGCUCCGUGGCCGCCGCCGCCCCGCGGGGGGGCGGGGUGGGGAAGUGCUUCGUCUCCCCGCCCCCCCCCCCCAUCGCCGCCGCCGCCGCCGCCGCCUCGUAGGAGGCUACCGCCGCGACCCUAGGGAAACCGCGGCCCAGCCUUAAGCCCCCAACCCCGGGGGCUAGCAUGAGCGGCUCUUCGGCGGCGCCGGGGGGCGGGUUAGCCGUCGCCGCCUGAGCCCCGGCCUGCCGCCCGACCCCACCUCGCUGACCGAGGCUGACCGCGGAGCGUGCGAACGACCCCGCUACUGCUUUCUUCCUCCCCCAGAUCACACACCCCAGCCCCGGAAGAUGGGGAACUGCCUCAAGUCCCCCACUUCGGAUGACAUCUCCUUGCUUCACGAGUCUCAGUCCGACCGGGCUAGCUUUGGCGAGGGGACGGAGCCGGAUCAGGAGCCGCCGCCGCCAUAUCAGGAACAAGUUCCAGUUCCGGUCUAUCAUCCAACACCUAGCCAGACUCGCCUAGCAACUCAGCUGACUGAAGAGGAACAAAUUAGGAUAGCUCAGAGAAUAGGCCUUAUACAGCAUCUGCCUAAAGGAGUUUAUGACCCUGGAAGAGAUGGAUCAGAAAAAAAGAUCCGGGAGUGUGUGAUCUGUAUGAUGGACUUUGUUUAUGGGGACCCAAUUCGAUUUCUGCCGUGCAUGCACAUCUAUCACCUGGACUGUAUAGACGACUGGUUGAUGAGAUCCUUCACGUGCCCCUCCUGCAUGGAGCCAGUUGAUGCAGCACUGCUUUCGUCCUACGAGACUAAUUGAGCCAGGGUCUCUCAUCUGACUUCAAGUGAACCAUCAUUUUUGGUGGUUUUGAUCUUUUGUCACUGAGCCCAAAGAGCCAGGGAUUAGGAAUUAAGAUCAUGCACAAAAGUUUCCUAAAAAUUCCUGAAUGGCUGCAGAUGUUGGGGGAAAAAAAGUAUGUGAUAUUUUAGAAACUUAGGGGGAAAAGUAGGAAGGUAUUUUUAUGUAAAGCCUUGACCCAGUGUUCAAAAAUAUAAUUGUAUUUAGAUCUUGUUAUUGCUCCAGUACAUAGGAAUUGUGUAAAGUGUUAUACAGCAGCUGUAUAUGUUUAAAUUGUGUAUGUUGAAGAUUAGGAAAAAGAUAGUGGUUGUUUUUCCUAAAUGAAAUAACUUUCUUCUUCCCCCCACCCAAAUUCUUUUCUCAAGUUGCUGGCAUUUGGGUCAAGGUUUUAUUAAAAGCUACAUUUUAUAACACUGGCACAAAAAAAGUAGUUUUAAGCUUGUUUGCACAGUUCUUUUUUUCCAUUGGAAAUGGAAUUCAUUGCCUUAGGUCUUUUUAAAUAGUGUAUUAUUAUCGUUGGGGCUGGCUCUAUGCUUGAAAACCAGUUUAUUUAUAACCUGUUAUAAGUGCUAUAUCUGUUUGCAGUUAGGAAAUGCAGAAUUCAAAGUGAUCUCCUAGCUUGUAAGCAAACUGAGAUGCACUAUCCCUUUUCUAUAAAAAAAUGAGUUAAUGUGUCAAGAAACCAACUCUAGUAAAGUGGGGUUUAAUAUUACCCUUUCUUAUGUGUUUCACCUAAUUAUUUUGGUUAUUAAUAUGGUGAUAAUUAAAAGUCAAGGUAAAUUUUAAAUAUUAAGAAUUCUGAUUUAUUGAGCUUGAAUUAUGCCACCAUGUUUAUGUAAAAAUGAAAGUGGCACCAUGGUUAAACUGAGAAAAGUUUCUCAGUUGUAACAAUUUUGAUUUAUUCUUUCCUGUGACCUCCUUCCCUGUUGUCUUGAACAUAGCAAAAGGAUACUGCAUCUCUUCUUAUUGUAGUGCUGAGGUUACUGAAGUUAUAUAAAACACAUCUCUGUUUCUGUUUCUUGGAAGGACAGUCCUGCUAGUUGACUGACAAUUCUAAGCAGGGAGAAUUAAGAUAAAUGUGUUUCAUGUUUUGCACACAAAUGCAGAAUAUGUAUAACCACAUGACUUCAUAGUUGUGAUCUCAAAAAAGAAGGAAUUUCUCUUUUAUCUUUUUCUUGCAGUUAAUAUAAGAACACUGAAUCUCUAAGCUUCUGAAGUGUUAGAGGUAGAGAUGGUCUAGUAAAGAUGUAGUUGUAAUGUUUUA